AUGACUAUAACAACAAAACUAUCGAAAUUAUUUCAUAUGACCUCUUCCUCUUCUUCUUCUAUUGAAAAGGUUCCUAACUUAGACCCAGAACAAAUGCCGGUUCAAAGUGACUCUGAUGCACCAAGGGUUUGUGAAAUUUAUUCCAACAGCGAAUAUAUAACCUUUGGUGAUAAAGUUUUCAGACGUUCUGAUUUUCUAGAUGCUAUUGGAGAUGAUCGUCGUUCUAAUAACGGAUCACGUUUUAGAAAAUUAGCCAACCCAGUCCCAUUAGGUUUAGCAUCCUUCUCCCUUUCAUGUUUAGUUCUUUCUUUGAUCAAUGCUAAUGUUCGUGGUGUUACCAAUAAUAAAUUAGCCAUCAGUUUAUACAUGUUCUUCGGUGGUGCUAUCGAAUUAUUUGCCGGUUUAUUAUGUUUUGUUACAGGUGACACUUUCUCCAUGACAGUAUUCAGUUCCUUCGGUGGGUUCUGGAUCAGUUGGGGUUGUAUCAAUACAGACCAAUUUCAUAGUAUAACGGGUUACGGUGCAGACACUACACAAUUAAAUAAUGCCAUUGGGUUUUUCCUAGCAGGUUGGACAGUCUUCACAUUUUUAAUGCUAAUGUGCACAUUGAAAAAUUCAUGGGGGUUAUUCUUAUUAUUAUUUUUCCUUGAUUUGACAUUCUUAAUGUUAUGCAUUGGUUCAUUCAUCAAUAAUAAUCACGUCAAGAUGGCAGGUGGUUAUUUCGGUAUCUUAAGUAGUAUGUGUGGUUGGUAUUCCCUUUACGCAAUGGUCGUGUCCCCAGAUAAUUCAUACUUCCCAUUUGAUGCUUACAUGAUGCCAAACGCACCAACAGCCUGA